AUGUGUAAAAACACCAUUAAAGGCGCCACUGUUUCCAGCGACGUAAAGACGAAGAGACCGCCUGCUGCGGCGACGGCGGCAGCGAUGUCGAACAAGCUCAUCAGCGAAAUGGGCCUCCCCGCCUCCAUCGCUAACGUCUUCGCCGCCCGCAACGUCUUAACCGCCAAGGAUGCUCUCUCGUUGCCGGAGUUCGAUCUCGUGGCCCUUCUGGGCUUGGAUCUCGACCAGGUCAGGUCGGCCGUCGCGCGCAUCAGCGAGAUCGCCUGCCCUCCCUGCCGAACGGUGCUUCACGGGGCGCUAUCGCUCUUGGAGGAUCGUGCGCGAUCCGCAUGCCACCUCCCCACCUGCCUUCGUGGCCUCGAUGACGCAUUGUGCGGAGGAAUUCCGUUUGGCGCUCUCACGGAGUUGGUUGGUCCAUCAGGAAUCGGCAAAACCCAGUUUUGUCUAAAGUUGGCACUGUUAGCGGCCUUGCCUACUUGCUAUGGAGGACUAAAUGGCCGCAUAAUAUAUAUGGAUACUGAAUCUAAAUUUAUUUCUAGCAGGUUGAUAGAGAUUGGCAAGAGUAGUUUUCCUCACAUAUUUCAGUCAGAAGGAAUGGCUCAAGAGAUGGCUGGUAGGAUUGUAGUUCUACGACCUUCAUCGCUAUCUGAAUUCACUGAAAGCUUGCAACAGAUAAAGCUGAUGAUUCUCCAGCAUGAUGUGAAGUUGCUCAUUGUUGACAGCAUGGCUGCAAUUCUUCUGGGGGAGAAUGAAAGAAGUACAACUGUUCAGAAGCAACACUCAUGGCGCUGGCCUCUAUCAUUUCUUAAGUCCCUUGCUGAGUUUUCACAGAUUCCUAUUGUGGUGACAAACCAAGUGCGUAGUCAGAAUAAUGAUGAAGUUUUUCAUUAUUCUUUCCAAGCUCAAAAGAAUGAUACUGGCAAAACCUCUGAAAGACUCGAAUCUCAUUUAACUGCUGCUUUGGGGAUUCAGUGGGCUCAUGCUGUGACUAUUCGUCUUAUAUUUGAGGCUCAUUCAGGUCAGAGGUUUAUUAAGGUGUCAAAGUCUCCCACAUCUCCAGCAGUAGCAUUUCCAUUUGUUGUCGAGUCAUCAGGGAUUUCAUUGUUAAGUCAUGAUGGCCUUGAAGUUAUGGGCGCAGAGAUAUGCACCAUUCAUUGUCAAGAUCAGGACACAACAUUCUUGACCAGGGGACCAAGUCAUACUCUCGUAUUCAAUGCUAGUCUCCAACAGUUUCUUGGUUAGAUAAUACCGCCAACCGGGACGUCGACCAGGUGAUUUCACUCAGUUUAGUUUGCUAUAGACUACACUGCCCGAUAGUAGACCGGAAUCAGGAGAUUAUCUUAAAAUCGGCAUGGCCUUGCUUUGCUCAAUGGCACCAAUCAGUCAACUGCUACUUUUUCAGCUGAAGGCUUGACAGUUUUCGAGGAUUGAAACUUCGCCAGCUUCAAUCUUCCUCGAUUUACUGUUGACUUAUCAUUCGUGUUUCAAAUGUGAAAUUGAUCAAACACUAUGCAUUUCGCUUCAUAAAUUCUUGCUGCCCCUCCAGGUUACCUUCUCACCUCUUAGAUUAACCAUUUUCGAUAUUGUAAUGAUGGGUGUGCUGGUUUGUUUAAUGGUGUGGACGGACAAGUUGAGAGGAUAGCAAGAAGUUCCACAUGGAGGAUUGGAUCAGUC